AUGCAGUUCAGCCCAAAAAGUGCAAAAAAACGUGUAAGUCCGUUACGUCCACCUUCAGUUGGUUCAGCUAUCUAUGACGUUAUUGAUGAAACAUUAGAAUACCUCGCAAGUCAAGCAAUAUCUAGGUGUGAGUUAUAUUGUUUUACUGAUGGUCGUGAUAAUAGCAGUCAUCAAGUUAUAAAAGAACGAUUAUCAAAUAUUAAAUUUAAACGAAAUGAAUUAAAUGUUCGAUUCAAUUUUAUUCUAUGUGGUUCAGCUGGAAACGAAUUACCAUUAACAGCCAGAGAUGCUGAUGCCUAUUUACAUAUAAAAAAUACUAAACAAGUUGAAGACAAAAAGACAAGAAUUUUUCGAAACAAUAAUGAAAUAUCGGCAGCAGCCUAUUCCUAA